UCUCCAGGAGCAAAACAAAAUAGCAAAUUAGAUACAUACAUAUAUCUAAAUAUUGAAUUCGCGCCAAUUCGGGAAAUAAGAAACAGAACAACCAUUCGAACAGCUAGGAAAUAUUAAUAAAUAAUCAUUUGGAUUUAUCUUAAAAUAAGUGAAUCGUGUAAUGUUUUUGGUUUUCGAGUUACGCCCAUGCAAAGCGAUGCGUGCUUCCACCAUUUUGUAAGCUGCCUCCUCGUGUCUCAGUGUUCGUAUGUGUCAGUGCGUUUAUGUGUAUUAUCGUAGCAACGGAACCUGUCGCAGAAUGGGCGCACAGAGCGAAAAUCGCUUAAAAGACAAAUUACUAGGCAGUUUUGUGGCAUAAGCAAUGGACGGGAACCCGCUCGAGGAGUCCGAUCCCGCUUCCACCGCACGGCAGAGGGAGCAGGUCUUGAUGGUGGCUGAGCAUCGACCUGCAACCAAUGUCGCCAAAUGCAUCGUUGCGUACGAGGAGCAGCCAGAGCUCUCCCGACUGGUGACGCUCCUGGAGGAGGUCAGUAAGAACUCGGACUACUCCACGGACCUCCGUCUAUCCACGGACUAUUACGGCAAUCACCUGCUGCGGCAUUGCCUGAGGGACAAGGAUGUGACGCGACGUGUGGCCCUCGGAUCUGGCGGCAGUGCCAUCCAGUCACUCGGCAAGAUCUAUGCUGAUCGCGUGGAGUACAUCAGCCAGACCACGGACAACAUCAACGAGUCUAUGUCAUCGGCGCAGCGUGAAACCAGUGAGCAGACGACCAGUGGCCAGGAGAGCACCGCACCCAAGCCGGAAGAACCGCGAAAGCGUCGAGUUAAAAAACUAACGCAGAAGACAGUAGAUCCGUUUAUGGUGAAUCUGGAGCCGCGUGCGUUCAAAACAAUGUCGGAAGAAAAACGUUUUAGUACGACGGGCAUGGCAAAGUGCAGCCGAAAUAGAACAAUCGAGUACCUGUACCAAGACCACACGCCGCCCAAUCUGUGGAGAAAUGCGCCGAUCGUGGACCCCCACCUGACUUCUGAGCUCGACGAAAAGAAACAAUACAAAUUGUUUACGUACCACGUUGAGCACAGAUACAACACUCUCCUGCCAGAUAUCCCCUUCGAAAGGCUUAAUCUGAUUAAGGAGUACGUUGCUUCGAACAAUGUCAGUCAGGAAAUACUCAACGUUCACAUGAGCACGGCCGAGUUCCUCACUGAGUACAUUGCCCUGGAGAACAAAAUGCUGGCCUCGCGCUAUGGUGCCACAGUGAGGAAGAGAAGAGAGGAUACAGCUUUAGAGACCACAAUGAAAAGGAUGCUCGAUGCGGAGGAGAAAGAUGGCAGUUCCCCUAAAAUUGCGAGAAUAGAAGAUGAAGCAAUGAAAGUAGAUGACUCGGCAGACAACGCGACGACAGAAGAGUCUGCAAUCGAAGCUUCAGAACCUAUGGAAGUGGAUCAAUCGCUGAACCCGCGGGAAAAGCUGCAAACGAUAAACUCAGUGGACUCGGGUCUAGGAAUGACGCAGGAAAUGACCACACUGGACAGCAGUCAACUUGAGGAUGCCACUCUUAGUGCCAGCCGAGUGGAAGGACCUGCUUUAUGCAGCACCCUCCUGCCAGAAAGACUUAUGAACGACUCCAGCGUCCUGGACAAUCAAGACGCUGAAAUGAACGCUCUGCAUAUCACUGUCGAUAAGACAAGAGGGCUGUCAUCUGACGACGAAGGUGUUGUACUUUCAGAUAGCGAAGAGCGUCGCAUGCAGUCGCUGUCGCCCAAGGUAAGGGUCAGGGAUAUUCUACCAGGUGUGCCCAACAAAGACACAGUCACUGUGCUCGUUGAUGAAGAGAUGCGUGCUCUGGGUGGCAUUAAAGAAGAAGAACCAGAGGAACACCAGCCCGAUUUCGAAGAAGUCGUAAAAGUUCCCAUUGAAGUCUGUCAUCCGCUUGAGUUGAACAUUUUUGGGCUUUCCGAAGCACGCUUAAGGCGCAGAAUCAUAUUCAAGCUGCCAGAUGAGUUCAAGAAUUUCAUGAAAUCUCGUGUUCCCCCCAAGAGAGACGCAGAACCAAAGCCUCCAAGAGCUCCUCGCAAAGUGAUAGAUGAAGAAACGGCAGUUCCGGAAAAGAUCCGAGAACCUGUCCUAGACAGAGAAGCGAGGAUAAGCUUGGAGUUUGACUUGGAUAACAAUUUCCUUGGCUUUCGGCGACCCACCCAUGACUCUGGCGUUGACGACAUCAGAUUACUCGAUUCGCGACCAUCAUCGGCCAUUAUCGAACCGAAAGCCGAAAUUCCUGCAGAUGCCACACAACCUGACAAAGCAGCGGAGGAUAAAUGUGACAGUGAUUUAGAAGCUCCACAACUUGACACAGCAGCAGCAAAUGAAUCAACCACCGAGAAUGACAGUGGUUUAGAGGCUACAGCAGCAGCAUCUUUGCAUGCUAAGAAUCAAACCAAUACGGACGACAGUGGCUUAGAUGCCAUACAACUUGACGCAGAGGCAUUUUUGCCGCCCCCAAAUGAUCAAACCAAUACGGACGACAGUGGCUUUGAGCCCACACAACUUGACUCAAUUUUAGACAAUUUAGCAAUAAGCGAAUCAUCCCCAGCGCACACCCUGGACGACUGGAUGGAAAGUACGAAUAGUACUCAAGAGAGUAGUGACCUGGGUGUUGAUAAUCCGUUCCAAAUUGACAAAGGAGGCUACUCAGACUCCAGCGAACUGGUCAGGGAUUGGCACAUACGAAUAGCACCCAUGCUGGAAGUGGCACACGAGAGGCAGAAUUUCAAAUUUGCAGAUUUGGGCACUGAAAUAAUUGAAGCGUGUCAGCAGGGCAAUGGCAGUGCUACAUUGGCCGAUGUGAUGCAGGGCAAGGAUGAAACCACCAUGGGUCGGCACUUUUUUGCAUCAUUGAAAUUGCUGAAUGAUGGCAAUAUCGUGCUGAAAGAUGAAUAUCGUGAUAAAAGCAAGCCAUUGGAUAUUUCCCAGUACAAAAUGGAACUUAAGAGUACGGAGCGAAAGCAAGUGCAUCCAGAGGAUGACAUUGGUAGCAGGAAUGUGGGGAAGCCAAAGCCGUUGGCUGCGAAUAAGAAACCACAAAAACGAAAAUCCAUGGAGAGUCCAGAGGCAGCGGAAAUGCAUGUACAAAUGGUGCGGUUAAUUAAGGCCAUACCCAAAAUAUCGCAAUCGCCAGACGAUGGCGACUCCGGCAUAUCAUCACUGGCUUCCUCCGUGACGAUGUCGCCGGAGAAGAAUUAGUAGAAAUUUGAUCAGUCGUAAAUAUUUUAAUGUCUAUCAACCUUUUAUUCUGUAGAUUGUCCGUCUCCCUAUGUGUAGGUGUGUGUAGAGUUUGUAUAGUUCUGUCUGUUUUAUUGUGUUCAUAUCGAAUUUUCUAACACAUUAUAUUGUGUCUCCGCAGGGUCUGCAAAUGCUGCACUUUUCCCAGCUGUACUCCAAAAUUAAGAGGCUCCGCAAUAGCCAUGCAUUAUUUUAGUUUAGUUAUUUUUUUGAGCACGUGCAAAUAUUUUAUAUUUUAAGGUCUAAUUUUAUAAGAACUUCAGCCUCUGUCGAAUACAGCGGCUGUACAGGCCAUAUGUGUCGACAGUUUUUGGAACAGUAUUAUUUAAGCUCGAUUUCCUUAAGCAUUGAACAAUUUCAGAUCGCCGCGAAAGUGUUUUUCGAAUAAUUCUUGCCUCUUUUCGGUUGUUUUGGUUUUUUUAUUUUAAGAGUUAUUUUUGCGUUCAUUUUUCUGAAUUUUUUGUUACGUUUUCUUUGCUUUUUUGAUUUGAUUUCUUUCAUUUGUUAUUAUUUAAAUUUCAUGCAUUUUUUAUUAUUAUUUCCUUAAUUUUUAAAACCUGCUAAGGCUCUAAUCCUUGAUUAGGAUGAAAAGCCGAGUCGGUCUACGUCCGCUUUGGCUAGGGCUAUGCAUUAUUAUUCAUUUCAUAUUCUACACCAUCCUUUACCUUCCUUAUUUCAUUUGCAUUAUCAUUCAUCACUGCACGUUCUUGGCAUUCUAGGUAUGAUUUAUUUUAUGGCUUGAUCGCUGUGUUUUGGGAAUUCGUGAGCUGAUAGUACUAGCAUCAAGUACCUGAUCUCGUAGUGUACAAAUGUAUCAAAAAAUAUAAACUUUCUUCUGAAAUUUUAACUGUAAAUAAGCUAAGCCUGGCACGAGCAUGUACAUAUUACCCAACA